UUGCUUCAGACUGUUCUUUCACGGAUGGAUAUUGUGAACGCGGACACCCUGAGUGAUUUCUUUUAUAGAAGUACUAUUAUUACUUUGGAUGACAUGGUGUAUGGAUCGUUUGAUGAUGGGAGUGGAUGUGCUCAGCAGGGUAUUGUUGAUACUGCAAAGUGUGCUGUUAAUUAUGGAGCAACACGUAUUUCUGUGUGGUCGAUGUCCCGUGCGCUGGACCCCACUGUGCCGGAGCUGUUUCCACCCGUAACCCCAUCUAUGAAGUAUGUGGAACCCAGCAACGAUGGUCUCACACUACAGGAGCUGAUGGGUAUCAUUAUUGGUGCUAUUGUUCUUCUCCUGCUGCUUGUUGGUGUGCUUGUGUUGCUGCUGUGUCGCCGACGCAGUGCGCGUGACAAUNGUGUGAGUGCCGACCGCCUUGUGUUUGCGACGAACCUGCCACACUGGGCCGAUGAGAAGACAGAGUCCGAGACCGUACGGAGGUUCCACGCUGCUGUGAUUAAAGAGACGAAGAGGACUCCUUUGUCGUUAAGAGCAUUUGCGAAUACAAGAGUGCUGGAGAUGGUUUUCUUUGGAGUUCAUGGUGCAUUUGGUACGGGGUUAGCUAACUAUUUCUACAAGACGGCUGUAGUUGCACAG